AUGAGGCUCAGCUCGACGUCCAUAGCAUGGCUGGCCGCUAUCGCACCUACGGUAUGGGCCAGAACUGAAUACACCGGGGAUUCGUUCCAAGGCUAUCCAAUCAUCUCAUCUUUGGAUGUGAAUGAUGUCCCAAGCAAUCAAGUAUCCCGUUUCUGGUUAUCUCCCGGGGCUGGCCAAGGUGGCUUGACAUAUUUCUUGCCAAUCUUUGUUGCACGAGGGACCAACGAAUCGCUCGAGACCGGCCGAAAACUGUCAUUCUCUGCAUCGAUUCAUGGCGACGAGCUCAACCCGGUGGCGAUAGUUCAAAAUAUAUUCAGAAGGCUCAAUGAGACCGUUGCUGCAGGCGAAUUCAAUGGCACAGUUAUCGGACUGCCGACACAGAAUCCGCAAGGCAACUUCAUGAACCAAAGGAAUUUCUUCACGAGUUCAUCAAAUGGAUUCUUUGUCGACCUCAACCGCAACUUUCCAGGACGAAGUAUCGAGGAGGACACAUUGAGCACCGGCUCACUCGGCCCGCUAUGGUGUUAUGCCGACUACGGCUUCGAAGGAGUGCAGCGCAUUGCGGAGCUUCUGCAGCCAGACAUGAUCAAGAUCGAUCCUGGAGAGCCUGGCUCGAUAGAAACGACAUGGGUCCAGGCCGGGGUACCAGCCAUCACGGUCGAGACCGGACCAGCCAACAACUGGAACCGCACUUUGAUUCAGCGCACUGUUGACUUCGCCUUCCGCUUGAUGGAUGAUCUCCAAAUGACCAGUGGCGAGGUUCCUCAGCCCGAUCUGUCUCAGACCUUCAUUGCCACCAACUUCACCAAUCCACGAACCAACUUUAGCGGCUGGAUCGAUAUGGAUAUUGCUGUCCUAGAUGAUGUUGUGGAAGGCCAGACCAUAGGACGUGUGUACAACAGCUGGGGAGACGAGCUGCAGGAGCUGACGUCGACUGUCAACGGAAGAGUCUUGACGGUGCUGAUCGAUCCUGCCGUCGAGGCGGGAGCGAGUGUCGCCUCGAUUGGCUACAAUGCCACCAGCGAGUAG